UUCUAGAGAAGGGAACAGCUGCUGCUCGAUAAACUCCAGAUCCCUCCUAUCUAAGAGAACCGACUGUUGAUCAGCUCUGAUGGUAACUAAUGGUGAUGGUGAUUAUCUGAUAAAAAAGAUCCGUAAGGCAACAAGGCACAUAAUCAUAAUCACGUGACAGUACCGCAGUGGUUCCGCUACGCCAUUGCGGAGCUUCGAACUGAACAAUUUAUCUAUACCAUACUUAACUAUACAACAACUACAAUCACAAUCAUCUCUUCUACCAAGAUUUUCACCACAUUGAAAAGAGCCAUAUAUGAGAACAAGCGAUCAAUUUACCAAUUUGCAUAAUUAUCCAAUCCGCCAUCCCACACCCAUCUUUACUCAAACUCCGAGGUAGCUCUCGCGCGAGCUAACCUCUUUCUUGUCCGAUAAAUGAAUCAUGCCCCCUCCAACUCUCUCCUACGGACUCAACCUCCCGAACAAAAACAAGAACAAGGCGCCUUCACUGGGAAAGCCAAAUCUGGCAGCCGGCCAAAAGCGCAAGAAGACGAUUUUCGAUGACGAUUCAGAAGACGAAGCGAACGCGACAGGAGGUGGCGGCGAGGAUAUCUCCGGGGAAAUCGAGAUAACUACCCUUGGUGACGAGCCAUCAGCUCUCAAAGCGCCAAGUCGGAGUGAAACGAAGAAAUCUCUCUCCAGUGGACUUCCUCCUCCGUCGAAGCGCAAACCGGAGAGUGGGAAACCGACACUAAAACCCCUCAAGAACUCCCUUUUCGCUGACGACGACGACGAUGAUGACGAAGAUGGAGAAGGUGUGGCUGGUAAUGGAAAUAAUAAAAAAUCGAAAGUACGCGCGACUGGCACAGCUAAGGAUUACACCAAUUUGGCCGCUUUGCACAGUACGCGCAAGCAUGCGCAGACGGCGCAGGACCUGGAUCCGUCCAUCUACUCGUACGAUGCCAUCUACGAUAGUAUUCACAAGAAGCCAGAGAAGACUACCAGUGAUGCUCAGAGUUCGGGACCAAAGUACAUGACCUCCCUGAUGCGGAGCGCGGAGGUCCGUAAACGGGACCAGAUGCGAGCGCGGGACCGAAUGCUGGCCAAGGAGCGCGAAGCCGAAGGCGACGAAUUCGCCGACAAGGAGAAGUUCGUCACGGCAGCAUACAAGGCGCAGCAAGAAGAGAUCCGUCGACUGGAGGAGGAGGAAGCCCGGCGCGAGAAGGAGGAAGAGGAGCGGCGCAAGCGGGAAGGCGGUUCGGGCAUGGUCAGUUUCUAUCGCGACGUGUUGGCUCGCGGCGAGGAACGACACAGCGAAGCUGUGAAAGCAGCAGAAGAAGCGGCCCAGCGCGUCAAGGCUGGCGAAAUAACGGAAGACGAUAUCACCACAGACGCCACGCAGGAGAAAUCAGAAGCCCAACUGGCUGCCGAACUCAACGCGAAGGGCGCUCACAUCAUCGUCAACGACGAAGGCCAAGUCGUCGACAAGCGCCAACUCCUCACAGCCGGUCUCAACGUCGCUCCCAAACCGAAGCCGCCUCCUUCUUCCUCGACCGCUGCGCAGGCCGCCGCGGACGCCUCUCGUGCCCGUCCCGGCCAACGCCCCGUCUCCGAAGCCUACACUGCCCGCAACGCCCAGCGCGCACGCCAGACCGAAAUGGUCGCCGCACAGCUGGAAGAGCGCGCGCGGAAAGAGGCAGAGGCCGAAGAGGCACGACAGCGCGAAAUCGCAGAGCGCACCCGCAGUCGUAAGACGGAGAAGGACGUUUCAAGUGCGAAGGAGCGAUACCUGGCACGGAAGCGGGAAAGAGAAGAAGCCGCAAAGAAGGAGAAGGAGAACCAAAGCUAGAAUUGCUGAUGUCCGUCCCUGGACGGAUUAUGAUGAUGUUCAUUCAUAUGUUUGUAUUAUUGCAUAAGCGCCUCCCUGGAGAGGGGCAUUGGAGUUGGAAGGCGUAGGUUUUUCUAAUCGGUCUAACGAUUCUCUGACUAUCUAUCAGCGUAUACGUAUAUAAGUUAGUGUCGAGGAUGGUUUACAAUUACAUACAUGUACAGAGCAAAAUGAAAGAUGUCUAUUAGUCACGA